CAUUUCCAAUUCUUUAUGCUCCACCAACACAAAGUCUUGCUCAAGCAUCAUUAGGCUUCAAUGAUGGAAACCAAAUUUGGUACCAGGAGGGGCACACGCAAGCUCAAUUUAUUUGUCAUUCUUGCUGCCAUUUCACUUCAAUACUACCUUCAAUUAUCAGCAUUAUUUGUUGAGGCUACUGAAAAUAAUGUGCAUAUAGUGUAUAUGGGAGAGAAAAAGUAUGAAGAUCCAGCAAGAAUCAAAAUGAUUCAUCAUGAAAUGCUCUCCUCCUUGCUUGGAAGCAAAGAAGCAGCAAAGGGUUCAAUUCUCUACAGUUAUAAGCAUGGCUUUUCUGGAUUUGCAGCAAGGCUUACCGAAUCUCAGGCAGAUGAAAUUGCAGCAUUUCCUGGUGUUGUCAAAGUGAUUCCAAAUCGCAUCCACAAGCUUCAUACGACCAGGAGCUGGGAAUUCAUAGGCCUGCAUCCUCAUUCAUCAAAAAAUCUUUUAACAGAAAGCAACAUGGGUGAAGGAAGCAUCAUCGGUGUUAUUGAUUCAGGAAUCUGGCCAGAGUCUGAAAGCUUCAAUGACAGAUGUAUGGGUCCAAUCCCAUCACGUUGGAAAGGAACUUGCCAAGAGGGUCAGUUCUUUAACUCCUCCAAUUGUAACAAAAAGGUCAUUGGAGCUCGCUGGUUUAUUAAAGGAAUGGAGGAUCAGAUCAAAAGGUCCCUAAAUACCACAAAUAUGGAGGAGUUUCUAUCACCAAGGGAUAAAGCUGGGCAUGGCACUCAUACAGCCUCCACAGCUGCAGGAUAUUUUGUAGAAAAAGCAAACUACGAAGGAUUGGCCACAGGUUUAGCCAGAGGAGGAGCACCUCUAGCUCACUUGGCAAUUUACAAGGCUUGCUGGGCCAUUGACGAGGGGGGAUGCACUGAUGCUGAUCUUCUAAAAGCAUUUGACAAAGCAAUAGAUGAUGGAGUAGACGUCUUGUCUGUGUCAAUUGGAAGUUCAAUACCUUUGUUCUCUUAUGUUGAUCAGCGUAAUUCGAUAGCAAUUGGUUCUUUUCAUGCAACUGCUAAGGGAAUUACUGUAGUCUGCGCAGCUGGGAAUGAUGGCCCUACCUCAGGGGCAAUUGAGAACACUGCACCCUGGAUUAUCAACGUUGCAGCAACCACAAUUGAUAGGGCCUUCCCAACAGCCAUUAUACUGGGAAAUAACCGCACUCUUUGGGGGCAAUCUAUUGACACUGGAAGACAUAUUCAUGGAUUUACUGGCCUUACAUAUUCUGAACGCAUAGCUAUAUCAUCCAAUGACAUCUCAAGCCAGGACUGCCAGCGAGGAAGUCUGAAUAAAACACUAGCAGCAGGAAAAAUCAUUCUCUGUUUUGCAACAUCGGAUGCACAGGAUAUUUUUUCUGCAGCAAUUUCUGUGAUCGAAGCUGAUGGCGUUGGACUUAUUUUUGCACAGUAUCAUAGUGACGGGCUUAGUUCAUGCAAAUUGAUACCAUGCAUUAAGGUUGACUAUGAAGUAGGGACAGAGAUACUUUCCUACAUAAGAAAAGCGAGGUCUCCGAUUGCCAAGCUGAGCUUCCCAAAGACUCUUACAGGGAAAAGGGUCUCACCAAGAGUUGCAGAUUUCUCAGCCAGAGGACCUAGUUCAAUAUCCCCAGCAGUGCUUAAGCCUGAUGUAGCUGCACCAGGCGUGGACAUCUUAGCUGCAUUUCCACCAGUUGAUAAGGAACAAAGCAGUGGAUAUCGAUUGCUAUCAGGAACUUCAAUGGCUUGUCCCCAUGUUUCAGCAAUAGUAGCUCUCAUUAAAUCUGUACAUAAAAAAUGGUCCCCUGCUGCCAUAAAAUCAGCUCUUGUCACUACUGCUUCCCAAACAGGAACAGAUGGAGCAAGUAUAGUUGAAGAGGGUUCAACUCGGAAGGCAGCAGACCCAUUUGAUAUAGGUGGUGGGCAAGUUAAUCCCAACAAAGCAGCGGAUCCAGGUCUCAUCUAUGAUAUUAGCACCGAGGACUAUAUCAAGUUCUUUUGCUCCAUGGGCUAUAGCAGGACAUCCAUCACCCAUUUAACCAAGACAACAAUCAAUUGCACAAGAAACAGCCAUCUCCUGCUCAACCUCAACCUCCCAUCUAUCUCGAUUCCAAACCUGAAAAAGAGAGUAACAGUAACAAGAACAGUGACAAACGUGGGACACGUUGAUGCAGUAUAUAAAGCCGUAGUGCAAGCUCCACAUGGUAUAAACAUGAAAGUUGAGCCCCGGAUACUAAUUUUCAACACAACCACACAAGUUCUUCCCUUUAAAGUUACCUUCUCAACAACCCAAAAAGUGUAUGGAGACUACAAAUUUGGGAGCUUGGUAUGGACAGAUGGUGAGCAUAUUGUGAGGAGUCCUAUAGCAGUCCGGGCUAUUUUAUUCGAAUCAUAUGCAGAUGUUUAAAUAACUGAAAACCAAAUUCAGUUUAGCUCGUGUUAUUAAAGUAUAAAAAUAAAGCAAACCCAUUUCG